CACUUUACUACAUUUGGACUCCACUCCGUUAAAUCCCGCUCUCGCUUCACGAACCCUAAAAACCCUUUCGCCUCGGAAUACGGAGGCCGGACGGAUCGUCGCCGGAGAUGCCAGGGCGGCCGUCGGAUCCUGGCAGCGAAGCCGUCGUCCCAUUCUCGCCGGAGUUCCGGGACCCGGUGGUCUAUCCCGUCCACCACGGCGUCCGGCCCCCCCUCCUCCGCGUGUACGUCGCAUGGUCCCGCGGCAGCCUCCUCCACGUGGCCUGCCUUCGCCAACCCUCUCCCGAACCGGAACCCGAAGACUCCGUCGACGAAGGGGAGGCCGGCGGGAAGGUGGUGGAAGUGAGGCUCAGAGCUGGCGAAGAGGGUAUCAGCGAGGCCCAGAGGCGGAGGAUCGCCUAUGGAUCCGUCCCUGCCUUUGCGCUGCUCCAGAGCAGGAAGAAUUCGCUCAUGGCGAUGUCUAGGAUGUCAUCCUCUUUACUUCGCGGUGAAUGGUGGCAAUAUGUUUUGGAGUAUAGUAAAAACAUAAGUGAGCUUCUGGGAACUCGUCGGCUUUCUUCUAACAUGGUGAUUGAAGACCCAAGGAUGGUUGUGCAGCCUUCUGAGGAACCCACCAGUUUGAAGGCUGCAUGGGAGCUGAUGGAGAUUUUUUAUGUUGAUAAACAAUCAUUAACAUGGCUUCCAGAGCGUCUUGUGGAUUGGUCAGAAGACUAUGACAGCCUAGUGACCAGGACAGAGCUCACAAUUCAUUCAAAGCUUGUGAAUAUGCAAAAGAAACUUGCUAAUGUGAAGGUAGUUGAGGAUGAUCCUGACUAUUGGGAAGGAAUGUCAUCAGCACUUGCAGUUGGUUGGCUUGACAUCGUGGUGAAAUUGUUAAGAUUCCAUGGAUCUUAUCAGUUGGAUCAACUUGACAAUCGUGAGACAGAAAAUGGGUUAGUAGAGGCCGUUGCUGUUCUUGUCUCUACAAUGCCACGUUUACGUCCUGAUCCAUCUUCUGGGAAAUUAGGUCAAUUUUGUAAAACUAGACCAGAUUUUAUCAAGGCUUGGGAGAAAUGGCGAGGCCACUUGAGUAAGCUAGAAUGUUCUGCAUUUUGGGUUCAGUGCAGCCAUGACCAAACUCGUGAAGGCCUUCAGAAGUUGUUAAAGAUCAUGCUGGGAGACAUUACCAAUAUUACUUCUGCAACUUGUCACUGGAUGGAGCUUCUUGUUUCUCACUUGCUAUACAUUAGACAAUUCAUGGCGGGUUUAGAAGGGCUUAACAACUUGGCUCAUAAAUGUAGGCAGUUGAAGCCAACUGUUCAUUAUAAUGGGCUAAUGAGUCUUCUAAUUGGUAUUCUUGAAGAAAGCCCUGAGGUUGUAUUAGCAGAAUGCUCAAAGACAUUUGGUCCGUGGAUGGUUGCCCAUGGAAUAGAGUUGUUGACAGCUGGCAGCGAUCAUGCUGACGUUCUGUUGCACGAAGAGAGAUACAGCUUGGGAGGUAUCAGCAUAGAGGAACUCCACCGGCUUGUAUAUGCUCAAAUUCUUUCUUCACAUCCUUUGACUUGUCAAAUUGCACCAACGUAUCUGGCAUCAUGCCCGAAGCAAGGGAUAGGUUUGUUAGAGAUUUUACUGUAUAAGCAGCCUAUUCAGCAUCAUCAAGUCAUUCUAAAGAAUCUUGAGAUUUGUCGCUUAUAUGAACUUGAUAACAUCAGUGUGAAUGUUUUGAAGACUGCUGGUAUGUACAACUGGAAGCAUGGUAGGAGAGGAUUUGGAAUUUACUGGCUUCAACUAGCUCGUGAUGAAGUACGGCUCAACAGAAUUGCUCAACAACUUUUUAAAUGUAUAGGGAAAUCGUUGUCUGAUGACAGCUUCAAGCAAUGGGAGGGAUUACUUGAACUGCUUGGUACACAAGUAGGGAGUUCAGGAGGCCUGGAGUUUCUUCAUAAAUAUCGAGACUUUAAGAGAACCCUUAAGCAGGUGGAAGAUGGAAGAGCUUCUAAUGCUGCUCGACAAGCUGCAGAAUCACUCAUACAGCUGAUGAGAAGUCCAUCCACUCCACAACAAUUCUGGCUUCCUCUUUUGCAUGAUUCAGUGAAGUUGCUAAAUUGGAAGGCUCACCCACUGUUGAGUGUCUCGGAAACAAACCUGUUGCUGAAUAAGCUACAAGAUUUAUCCAUGGGAAAGCUGCGUCCAGAUUUCGUCGAUGCUGACCUGCCGCCCAGUGCCCUGAGUUCCAUCAGACUAGCCCUCGCCACCAAUCUUGGGCGUGCUAUUCUUGAAGAAUGCUGAUACUCAGUGAGCCAUCCUCAUGCCUCUGUAUCCUAAUUUAAUUGAUGUGCAAGUUCCCUUCAUGUUUGAAGGAAUCAUGCAGAAGUGUUAGCAUCCGAACUGUACCAUUUAGUUUGAACCAGGUGCACUGUGUAUUAAGUGGAAGAAAGAUUCUUCUAAAGGUUUUGUAAGCAGGGUUUUCUUUUA